AUCAGUAGGCACUCCUGGAUCACCAAGCACACCAGAGAGCACUCCAGGGUCACCAAGCACACCAGGUUCACCUAGCACUGUUGAAACCCCAAGCACACCAGGAUCACCAAGUACACCAGAAUCUCCAAGCACACCUGGUUCACCAAGUACUCCAGGCUCAUCAAGCACACCAGAGUCUCCCAGUACACCAGGGUCACCAAGUACUCCAAGUUCUAUAAGUACUCCUGGCUCACCAAGCACUACAGGAUCACCAAGCACUACAGGAUCACCAAGCACUCCAGGUUCACCCAUCACUGUUCAAACCCCAAGCACACCAAGUAAAUGAUUAUUUUUUUAUUAUAUUUUUACUUUUUCGUUUCAGUAUGUAGCCAAUAUACCCAGCUUUAGCGGAAUUUUAUAUGGAAAAAAAAUCUAUAAAUCCUUAUUAGCGUACAUUUAAAUUUAGUCCCCAUGAAUAAAAACUUUACUAAAGUACCAUUUAAAAAGUGAUAUUUCACUAAAUUAGACAUUGAAUUUGGAGUCUAUUUAAGCAGUGCACACACAAAUAAACAUUAUUUGACGUCAGAUCUUACUUUUCAAAGAUAUUUCAUAAAAAUGGUAUUCACCAAUCUCCAAGUGAUGGCCGUUUUCCAUUUAAAAUAAUGUAGGAUUCCCUAUUCAGAAGGAAAUGCUAAAGGGUUUGAUUUUUUUUAAAAUACUGUUUAGUUUGGGGGGCCCAAAUUUGUUGUUUUUUUUAACUUAAAGGAGUAAUACCUGAUAGCAUCCAUAUUGAAGCAAUAAGAAAAAGACACAGAGUAGAGAAAAAUCUGAAAAAGGUCAAUAUGAGCUAUAUAUUUUGAACUCAUAAUAUUCACCACUGUUAAAGCCAGAGACACUUUUUUCAUUUUCCUCAUAUAGGCUGUAUCUCCUCUUAUAUGAAAUGCGGGCAUCACACAAAUGUCCAGUUCAUUUUUAUUAGUGUAAGUCUUCUUAUAUGAAAAUUUUGUUUUAAAUGUUAACAAUUUCUUAGAUUCUUUUCAAUUCUUUUUUUUUUUUUUCAGCCGAGUGCAAGGAUAAGGAGCUUGUUGAUUUGACCACUGCUAACUACACUCACCGUUUCCUUGAAUCAAUCACUGUUACGCCAACCUUGAUUCAUUCGGGAUAUGAACUGAACGUGCCCCCCGGUGUUAGUACCGUCUCACUUAGUUUCAAGUUCAUUACAGGUGCAACACUUGUUGCUCUAGAUCUGAAGGGAUCAUUUGAUUCUUACCAAGUCUUCAUCAGAUACCCAGAUGGCAGGCUGUCAGAACCUUUGAAGGUAAUCUGGUUGAAUAGAUUUUUGAGAUUUGAUUUAUUGAUAUUUUUUUUUACAGUUGUAGGAAAUGGUUUAAAUCUAGGGCAAUUUCAUUGUCAUAGAAAAUGAUACUUUUUAGAUUAUAUUUUACACUGCAGUAAUAAUUUCUUUGUUAGUAGAAGUUUGCUGAUGUAGUUAGAAUUGUGUUAUAGGUUUUUGUUUUUGUUUGAUGUGCUGUAUAUUGAAAUGUGUUGCAAAGACACUCCUUUAUUGUGUGUCUGUCUACCUAAGGAUGUUAAAAGAUAAUCUGAUUUUUAUUUAUUGCUUUUGAAACCAUUAACCUGUUGUUGAUUUUCCCAAAUGAUAAUUGCUAAAAAAAAAUUAAAAUCAUUUAAAAAAUAUUUUUUUUUAAAAUUCUUAUUUGCUUUUUUUUUUAAAUUUAACAGGGAUCAAUUAUCUUUUUUAAAACAAAGUUAUAAUUAUAAUGUAGAUAACAGCUAAGUAUGAUUAGUAAAUUUUUAGUUGGGCCUAAUAUGUGGUAUCAAAAUGAUGGUUGCUUUGACAGUUCUAAAAUAAGAUAAUUUUAUAACUGUUGCUUUUGAUUGAAUAUAUAUUAUGUAAUGUCAAACUGACCUGGAUCUACAGAAAAAAUUGAUAAAGCUUUGUAAAAUCUGAUAACAGGUUUUCCAUAAAUAUCUUAAAUUAACAUCACUGGUGGUAUCCUUGUGUUUAUAUCCCUCUGUUAAGAAACAACAAAAAAUAAGAAGUUCUAUAGGUAAUAAAGUCGUCAGAUAGCAUGUGUCAUUAGAUAAUAAAGUCAGCACCUAGAAUAUGUCUUUUGAUAAUAAAACAAUAGCUAGCAUGUGACAUAGAUAAUAAAAUCAAUAGCUAGCAUGUGUCAUUAGAUAAUAGUGUCAAUCAGCUGGCUUGUGUUAUGCUCUAACAUGUCAUCCAUUUAUGGUUAUACUUUGAAUAAAACAUUCGUCAGUAUCUUAAAGUUAUCAAAUGCUGAUAUCCUUUGCCAUCCGGUAUUACUUAACCAUUACAAACUGACAAUUAUAAAAUCUUUUGCCAUCCUGUAUAACUUAACUAUUACACAGACAAUUAUAACAUCUUGCAUAAUUAUCUGUACUGAUGAAAAUGAAGUGCAUCCAAAAAAUAAAUUAUUACUUGUGAAAUUUGCUUUGUCCACAAUUCCAGAACACUGAUGGAAAAGAUGUUUUCACUAAUAGCAGAAACGUUUUUGGUGCCGAACAAGGAGAAGAAUUUGUAAUAAUUAUCAGUGGAGGACUGGUUGGCUUUGAUGUUCAAGUUACUGAGUUUAAAGUUUGCCUUCCUGACAUUGGUAAGCCUUAGGUCUGCGGUAAGCCUUAGGUCUGCAGUAAACCUUGGGUCUGCAACUGUUCACAAUAGAUGUAACUUUUGUUUGUUUUUCUUACCCUCCCCCCCCCCCCCCCCCCCCCCCCCCCCUGUUUAAAGUUUGCCUUCCUGACAUUGGUAAGCCUUAGGUCUGCGGUAAGCCUUAGGUCUGCAGUAAACCUUGGGUCUGCAACUGUUCACAAUAGAUGUAACUUUUGUUUGUUUUUCUUACCCCCCCCCCCCCCCUCAAACCAUCCUCCACAACUUGUAACAAGUUGCUUAGUACAAAUACCAAGGAGUCAGAAUGAUCAAUACAUUUAUCAAAACAUAGAAGAAGAUCUUACACAGUGCUAAUACCAUAGAUGGAGCGAUCUCAAAAGAAUACUAAGAGUACUGGUACCUAAGUUGUUGCCCAAUCACAGUUGUUAAACCACACGUGUAGUAGAAUGAGGCAAAUGCUGUGCCAGAAAUGGGGAGCAGAAUUGUGUAGUAGGAUGAGGCAAAUGCUGUGCCAGAAUUGGGGUACAGAAUGUUGGAUGCCAAAUAUUUUCCCUCAGUUAAACAUUAAAAUACCCGUAUGUAAAUAGGUCAAAUGAGUGAAUAAAGUCAGGCUCCUAUUUUAAGAUGUGCGCAGAAAGAAAAAUAACAUUAAAUAUCAUUCUGGUUGAUACCCAACAGCAAUUACCUAACAGCCAAUAACAAAUACCAAAAAACGAAUACACAACAGCCAAUAAAUACCAAAGGAACAACAGCAGUUCCUUAUACCCAAAGUCCAGAAUUUAACGGCCAAUAUUUAACAGUUCUGAGGCCAACACCCAAUGCUCAACACCAAAAGCUGGAUUAUCCAAAAGUCAAUACCCGACAGCCAAUACUAAACCUCCUUCACAAAACUAUUUGUGCUUUAUAUUUUUUACUUGGUUGUAAACAAGCCUAUAUUUCAUCAAUACCUUUGAUGUUAACUUAAUCAUUUCUAUUUCAGAAUUCUGCCGCCUUGAUUUUGAUGAUGUUCAAAAGGCUCUAACGUUUUUGACCGUGAACAAUAUUCUCGGCGUCAACAUUGAAGAUGGCAGCUUGGUUUAUUAUGGUUGGAAUGGGGAUUUCGUGGAAGAUGGAGUUGUUAUCCAAGGGUCCUGUUAUGAAUGGUAUGAGUAUAGAGUUGAUGAUUGAGUACUUUUAUAGCGCUUGUGUCCAUGCUAUUUUAGCAUGCUCACAGCACUCUGAUGUCCUAAAAUCUUGUUAAAGAAAAAUGUCUUUAAAUGUUUCUUAAAUGUUUCAUUUUUUUUUAUCAUUUUCAAUUUCCCUCAAAGAUUGUGGCAAACUGUUCCAUAAUUGAAGCCCUAUAGCCAGAUAGAACAUAAUGUGUAGAUCACCUCUGACGCUGUUCUCAAAAUUCUUCAUUCUCCGAUGUAUUAUAUCUACAGUAAAAAAAAUGAAGUUAAGACGGCCGAUGGAUUAUUUACAACUGUGCUCUCAAAAAUAAAAAUAAAUGAAGAUUUUUUUUUUUUUUUUGUAAAGGCUCUGUAUUAUUUGUAAAGGUGCAUUACUAUUUGUUAAGGUUCAGUACUAUUUGUAAAGGUUCUGUACUAUUUUUAAGGAUCUUUACUAUUUCUAAAGAUUCAGUACUAUUUGUAAAGGUACAGUAAUGUUUGUAAAUGUACAGUACUAUUUGUAAAUGUACAGUACUAUUUGUAACGGUUCAGUACUAUUUUACAACUUGAGGCAGCACAAUCACUAAAAUGUGUUCUUCCAUUUUUCAGUGUAUGCGUGAAAAGCGAGCUAAAGUGCACCGUGGAGAACUGCACUGCUUGUCCAAACUAUACUUCAGAAUGCAAGGGCGAUUGCAAGGAAGCCAUAACGGUAUUCACAUUUGACCAGCAGGGUGUUCCUGACCACUGCCAGGUCAAUGACUCACAGCCUUGUCAGCCAGAAGAAUGCACAAGUAAGUCAACCUUUUUUUGUUGCAGUUUUACAGUCAUACCUAUUUUGUUAUGUCAAAUGGAAAAAUUGCAUUUUAAGGCCCGAUGAAGCAUGGCUGUAUGUGUAACAAUAGAUCUAGUCAGCCUUAUUAUUUUUUUAUGGCUUUAUGUAAGAAUAGAUCUCGUUAGUCUCAUAAUUAUAUGAUGGCCUUAUGUGUAACAAUCGAUCUAGUCAGCCUGAUAAUUAUAUCAUGGAUUUGUGUAAUAAUAGAUCUAGUUAGCCUGAUAAUUAUUUGAUGGCUUUAUGUGUAACAAUAGAUCUAUUCAGCCUGAUAAUUAUAUGAUGGCUUUAUGUGUAACAAUAGAUCUAGUCAGCCUGAUAAUUAUGUGAUGGCUUGAUGUGUAACAAUAGAUCUAUUAUGGCUGUAUGUAUAACAAUAUAUCUAAUCAGCUUGAUCAGUUAUGGCUGUAAACAUGACAGUAUAUCUAAUCAGCUUGAUCAAUUAUGGCUGUAUGUGUAACAAUAUAUGUAAUCAGCUUGAUCAAUUAUGGCUGUAUGCGUAACAAUAUAUCUAAUCAUCUUGAUCUAUUAUGACUGUAUGUACAAAACUAUACAUGACCUCCUCAGCAACGCCUUUUUGCCCUGGACCUUGGACAUCUUGGAGCCCUUGCACCAACUGCCAACAGACACGUACGCGUGAAUGCAAGGAUGACUGUGGUGAUGUCUGCAAUGACUUCAACACAACAGAGUCUCAAAUUUGUGACAGCUGUGUCUCACCAUGUAAGAAAUGUUGAAAAUUCAAUCAUAAAUUUCUCAUUUGCUUAUCACAUUUCAAAAAUCAUGUCAUUUUCUAAUCUUAUCACCAACUUAACCUCAAUCAUAACUAAAAUCUUGUCACCAUAAUAUUCUGUGGUUCUCAAUCUGCCGGUCACAAUCUGCCUCAGAGGUCACUUAAUGUGUGGUUUUAUUUUCUUUAUACCUCCUUUUUUUUAAAAUUAAACAUUCUUUACAGCAAUUGAACAAGUUUCUAAUUGCUACAUACACCAUGACUGCAACACUAGUUUCUAAUGCUACAUACACCAUGACUGUAACACUAGUUUCUAAUGCUACAUACACCAUGACUGCAACACUAGUUUCUAAUGCUACAUACACCAUGACUGCAACACUAGUUUCUAAUUGCUACAUACACCAUGACUGAAACACUAGUUUCUAAUUGCUACAUACACCAUGACUGCAACACUAGUUUCUAAUGCUACAUACACCAUGACUGCAACACUAGUUUCUAAUGCUACAUGCACCAUGACUGCAACACUAGUUUCUAAUGCUACAUGCACCAUGACUGCAACACUAGUUUCUAAUGCUACAUACACCAUGACUGCAACACUAGUUUCUAAUGCUACAUACACCAUGACUGCAACACUAGUUUCUAAUGCUACAUACACCAUGACUGCAACGCUAGUUUCUAAUGCUACAUACACCAUGACUGCAACGCUAGUUUCUAAUGCUACAUACACCAUUACUGCAACGCUAGUUUCUAAUGCUACAUACACCAUGACUGCAAUGCUAGUUUCUAAUGCUACAUACACCAUGACUGCAACGCUAGUUUCUAAUGCUACAUACACCAUGACUGCAACACUAGUUUCUAAUGCUACAUACACCAUGACUGCAACACUAGUUUCUAAUGCUGCAUACACCAUGACUGCAACAGUAAUUUCUAAUGCUACAUACACCAUGACUGCAACACUAGUUUCUAAUGCUACAUACACCAUGACUGCAACACUAGUUUCUAAUGCUACAUACACCAUGACUGCAACCAUACACCAUGACUGCAACAGUAAUUUCUAAUGCUACAUACACCAUGACUGCAACACUAGUUUCUAAUGCUACAUACACCAUGACUGCAACACUAGUUUCUAAUGCUACAUACACCAUGACUGCAACACUAGUUUCUAAUUGCUGCAUACACCAUGACUGCAACACUAGUUUCUAAAGCUACAUACACCAUGACUGCAAAACUAGUUUCUAAUGCUACAUACACCAUGACUGCAACACUAGUUUCUAAUUGCUACAUGCAAAAUGACUGCACCACUAGUUUCUAAUUGCUACAUACGCCAUGACUGCAACGCUAGUUUCUAAUUGCUACAUGCAAAAUGACUGCACCACUAGUUUCUAAUUGCUGCAUACACCAUGACUGCAAAACUAGUUUCUAAUUGCUGCAUACACCAUGACUGCAACACUAGUUUCUAAUGCUACAUACACCAUGACUGCAAAACUAGUUUCUAAUGCUACAUACACCAUGACUGCAACACUAGUUUCUAAUUGCUACAUGCAAAAUGACUGCACCACUAGUUUCUAAUUGCUGCAUACACUAUGACUGCAACACUAGUUUCUAAUUGCUACAUACGCCAUGACUGCAACGCUAGUUUCUAAUGCUACAUACACCAUGACUGCACCACUAGUUUCUAAUUGCUACAUACGCCAUGACUGCAACACUAGUUUCUAAUUGCUACAUGCAAAAUGACUGCACCACUAGUUUCUAAUUGCUGCAUACACUAUGACUGCAACACUAGUUUCUAAUUGCUACAUACGCCAUGACUGCAACGCUAGUUUGUAAUGCUGUGUACACCAUGACUGCACCACUAGUUUCUAAUUGCUACAUACACCAUGACUGCACUACUGCUUUCUAAUUGCUACGUACACGAUGACUGCACUACUAGUUUCUAAUUGCUACAUACACCAUGACUGCCUUACUAGUUUCUAAUUGCUACGUACACCAUGACUGCACUACUGGUUUCUAAUUGCUUUGUACACCAUGACUGCACUACUGGUUUCUAAUUGCUACAUCCACCAUGACUGCACUACUAGUUUCUAAUUGCUUUGUACACCAUGACUGCACUACUGGUUUCUAAUUGCUACCUACACCCUGUCUGCACUACAGCUGCAUGAAAAGACCAAAACUCAUCCAGAGGUCGCUAAUUACAUUUAAAAAAUUUCCCAUCCAGCAAGACAGCUGCAAGCUGUUAGACCUCUUCAGGUUUGUUUUCUUUUAAAGACUUUAAAUUUGGCAGCCACCAGUAGGCAGUUAUCAGUAGGAAGCCAUCAGUAGGCAGUCAUCAGUAGGCAGACAUCAGUAGGCAUUCAUCAGUAGGAAGUCUUCGGUUGGCAGCCAUCAGUAGGCUGUCAUCAGUUGGCAGCCAUCAGUAGGCAGUCAUCAGUAAGCAGUCAUCAGUAGGCAGCCAUCGGUUGGCAGUCACCAGUAGGCAGUCAUCAGUAAGCAGUCAUCAGUAGGCAGCCAUCAGUUGGCAGCCAUCAGUUGGCAGCCAUCAGUAGGCAGCUAUCAGUAGGUAGCCAUCAGUAGGUAGCCAUCAGUAGGCUGUGAUCAGUUGGCAGCCAUCAGUUGGCAGCCACUAGUAGGCAGCCAUCAAGUGAUAUUUUGCACAUUUUAAUUGUUCAUUGUGCAAUACACAUUUGUAAACCAACUUUUCAUUUCUUAUUCAAAUUUUAAAAACAAUUACCACCAAAAAAAAUUAUUUUAUGUAGCCCCAAUUGUAGAAUGAUUAUGCGAUAUGAAAAUAAACAUGCAUGGUACAGAACUGUUUACCCUCAAACACUUAAAAUCGUAACAAUAUCAUCACAAAAUCGUUCAAUACAUUAUCUUAAUAGUAAAAAAAUUAACAUACAGUAUAUAUGAUGUACACCUCAAAAUCGUAAGAGUAAACAGGUCGGAUGGUAAGAAAAAAAAACCUAUAAAUUAAACUAUUGAUAAGUCAAUUACAGUCAAUAUUCAACCACCCCCUCCCCCACCCCCAUUAAGUUCUCAACACCUGUUUCUAAAAUUCUAGAAAUAAUCCUGGUUGUGUGUUGCCACAACUUGGCAAAUGUUAUCAAGGGGUAGCAACGCUAAAAAAAAGAUUAAGAACCGCUGAUCUCACAACUUUGUUUUAAAAGACCACACUACACAAACUUUGUCCCCCCCCCCCCCCAUCCCCCCCCCCAUCCCAUCAAUAAAUGAGACACCCCCCCCCCCCUCUUGAACUGUUCUUCUGCAGCCACUACCAGCACAUACUGCCCUGACGAUGAAGUUCCCCCCUCCCCACCUCCCCCCCACUCCUCCCACCAAUAAAUGAGACCCCCCCCCCCCCCUCUUGAACUGUUCUUCUGCAGCCACUACCAGCACAUACUGCCCUGACGAUGAAGUCCCAGGCUGUGAAACCAGAUACACAGAAUGCAGUGAGACAUGCGCUGUUUACAGGAAGAAUUCAACAUGUUCUCAGGAUGAGGACAUUGACUGUAUCAAAAACUGUGUGUGUCCAGAAGGUUACAAGAGGUUAGAGGUUUACUCAAAUAAAGGGCUGUCUGAAAUUUCAGUUAUGGCUCACAUGUCUCUAAUAUUGAGAAAUAUAAUUUGUCCUGCAUUAAUUUAUCUAUUUAGCCCAGUGGUGAGGAAAUAGAUCUGAUAACUUUACCAAUACAACUUUUACAGUAACUUUAAAACAAAAACUAAAACAUCUAAAACAAAAUGCUGUAUUUUUAAACGUUUUCCAUUAAAGUUCAAAAUAAGGGCUCCGGUGGAGACCCAUUCUAUGAGGUGAUGCUUUAAUUAUUACUAAGAUAGAACCUCUAAAUAAUUCAUAACUCAAAUUAAAUUUAAAAGUUUGCCCAUUAACAUUUGUAGUAAAAUGUAAGUCUAUAUAUAGAAAAUGCAAUUAGUGUCCCUCGCCCCGACAUUGAAAUAUUAUGAGAUCGAAAUCCUCCAGUUUUGUAAUAUAGAUUUUAAGUGCGUUUAUAUCAGGUUUGAUCUAUCUAUCCAUUAAUUGUAAUUUUAUUUAUUUAGCUCAAAUAAGAAGAAAAAAAGAAAUAAACAUUGUAUUAAGUUUCUUUAGGUUUUCCUCUACCCUGUGUAUAUUUCUUAUUGCUUCAACCUGGACUCAGUCCUCCUAUAAAGAAAAAAAGAAAUUUGGGCCCCCCCCCCUAACCCUGAACAGAAUAUUUUUUUUAAAAUUCAAACCCUGUCAGCAUUUCCUCCUGGAUAUUUAUGUUUAAUAACUAUGUAUCCGAAGUUUGAUCCAGAUCCAUUAAUCUAUGUAGAAAUGUAUGCAGUGCAAACAGACAUAUUUUCUCAUGUGUAUAGUAGAUAGUUAUUAUACCAGAAGAAAACAUGAAAUCUUAUGAGAUUUUACAAUAGAUAUUUUUAUUAAAGACAUACAACUAAUUAAAAAUCACCAUUUAUAUAUUGAAGGAUGACGAUGUGACGUUCUUUGGUUUUUCAUUGACUUGGACUGUUUUUAAAUGUAACACUACAUUGUCAUUAUCUGAUGGCAGUAAAAAUAUCAAGACAGAAACUUAUUGUGUAUGACAUUAGAGAAGGUUAUAACGAAUGUAAAACAUGUAAAUAUUUUUAAUUAAAAAAAAUAGAAAGCUACCAUGGACUGAAGUUGUGACAUUUAUAAGCAAUUGUGUCUUUGAGACAUUGCUAUACUCAUCAAAUGCACUCACCCAUUCAGUGACAUAGUUUGUCUUUGAGACAUUGCUAUACUCAUCAAAUGCACUCACCCAUUCAGUGACAUAGUUUGUCUUUGAGACAUUGCUAUACUCAUCAAAUGCACUCACCCAUUCAGUGACAUAGUUUGUCUUUGAGACAUUACUAUACUCGUCAAAUGCACUCACCCAUUCAGUGACAUAGUUUGUCUUUGAGACAUUGCUAUACUCAUCAAAUGCACUCACCCAUUCAGUGACAUAGUUUGUCUUUGAGACAUUGCUAUACUCGUCAAAUGCACCCACCCAUUCAGUGACAUAGUUUGUCUUUGAGACAUUGCUAUACUCAUCAAAUGCACCCACCCAUUCAGUGACAUAGUUUGUCUUUGAGACAUUGCUAUACUCGUCAAAUGCACCCACCCAUUCAGUGACAUAGUUUGCCUUUGAGACAUUGCUAUACUCGUCAAAUGCACCCACCCAUUCAGUGACAUAGUUUGCCUUUGAGACAUUGCUAUACUCGUCAAAUGCACCCACCCAUUCAGUGACAUAGUUUGCCUUUGAGACAUUGCUAUACUCGUCAAAUGCACCCACCCAUUCAGUGACAUAGUUUGCCUUUGAGACAUUGCUAUACUCGUCAAAUGCACCCACCCAUUCAGUGACAUAGUUUGCCUUUGAGACAUUGCUAUACUCGUCAAAUGCACCCACCCAUUCAGUGACAUAGUUUGCCUUUGAGACAUUGCUAUACUCGUCAAAUGAACCCACCCAUUCAGUGACAUAGUUUGCCUUUGAGACAUUGCUAUACUCAUCAAAUGCACUCACCCAUUCAGUGACAUAGUUUGCCUUUGAGACAUUGCUAUACUCAUCAAAUGCACACACCCAUUCAGUGACAUAGUUUGCCUUUGAGACAUUGCUAUACUCAUCAAAUGCACUCACCCAUUCAGUGACAUAGUUUGUCUUUGAGACAUUGCUAUACUCAUCAAAUGCACACAACCAUUCAGUGACAUAAUUUGCCUUUGAGACAUUACUAUACUCAGCAAAUGCACACACCCAUUCAGUGACAUAGUUUGCCUUUGAGACAUUGCUAUACUCAUCAAAUGCACACAACCAUUCAGUGACAUAAUUUGCCUUUGAGACAUUACUAUACUCAGCAAAUGCACACACCCAUUCAGUGACAUAGUUUGCCUUUGAGACAUUGCUAUACUCAUCAAAUGCACACAACCAUUCAGUGACAUAAUUUGCCUUUGAGACAUUACUAUACUCAGCAAAUGCACACACCCAUUCAGUGACAUAGUUUGCCUUUGAGACAUUGCUAUACUCAUCAAAUGCACACACCCAUUCAGUGACAUAGUUUGCCUUUGAGACAUUGCUAUACUCAUCAAAUGCACACACCCAUUCAGUGACAUAGUUUGCCUUUGAGACAUUGCUAUACUCAUCAAAUGCACCCACCCAUUCAGUGACAUAGUUUGCCUUUGAGACAUUGCUAUACUCAUCAAAUGCACCCACCCAUUCAGUGACAUAGUUUGCCUUUGAGACAUUGCUAUACUCAUCAAAUGCACACACCCAUUCAGUGACAUAGUUUGUCUUUGAGACAUUGCUAUACUCAUCAAAUGCACACACCCAUUCAGUGACAUAGUUUGCCUUUGAGACAUUGCUAUACUCAUCAAAUGCACCCACCCAUUCAGUGACAUAGUUUGCCUUUGAGACAUUGCUAUACUCAUCAAAUGCACACACCCAUUCAGUGACAUAGUUUGUCUUUGAGACAUUGCUAUACUCAUCAAAUGCACACACCCAUUCAGUGACAUAGUUUGUCUUUGAGACAUUGCUAUACUCAUCAAAUGCACCCACCCAUUCAGUGACAUAGUUUGCCUUUGAGACAUUGCUAUACUCAUCAAAUGCACACACCCAUUCAGUGACAUAGUUUGUCUUUGAGACAUUGCUAUACUCAUCAAAUGCACACACCCAUUCAGUGACAUAGUUUGUCUUUGAGACAUUGCUAUACUCAUCAAAUGCACACACCCAUUCAGUGACAUAGUUUGCCUUUGAGACAUUGCUAUACUCAUCAAAUGCACACACCCAUUCAGUGACAUAGUUUGUCUUUGAGACAUUGCUAUACUCAUCAAAUGCACACACCCAUUCAGUGACAUAGUUUGUCUUUGAGACAUUGCUAUACUCAUCAAAUGCACACACCCAUUCAGUGACAUAGUUUGCCUUUGAGACAUUGCUAUACUCAUCAAAUGCACACACCCAUUCAGUGACAUAGUUUGUCUUUGAGACAUUGCUAUACUCAUCAAAUGCACCCACCCAUUCAGUGACAUAGUUUGUCUUUGAGACAUUGCUAUACUCAUCAAAUGCACCCACCCAUUCAGUGACAGUUUUACUCAAUGCUGAUAAACAAACGUAUUCUUCAAAACAAUGAUAGUAAUUUUUGUUUUAUUUCAACACAAUAGGAAACAAUUUCAAUCCAAUAAAAAAUAUGCUUACCUACUAUAUGUAGAUUUGUGAUCCAUUGUUUGGUUUUCUUGUGAUUGAUCAACCUAUCUACUAACAAGCAAACAAAGUCACACUGAGCUUUGCAUAGCAGCCUAUAAAUGUUUGUUUUUUAAAUUGUCUAUUACCAGAGAUGUCUAUGGUAAAUGUGUUCAACCAGAGAAGUGUGAGUGCUAUGAUGGCAACACAGCUAUACCUAUAGGGGUGAUAUUUAACAAGACUGAUUGCGGCUAUUGGUAAGUCAUUACCUAUAGGGGUGAUAUUUAACAAGACUCAUGGCAGCUAUUGGUAAGUGAUUAACUACGGGGGUGAUAUUUAACAAGACAGAUUACAGCUAUUGGUAAGUCAUUAACUACGGGGGUGAUAUUUAACAAGACAGAUUGCAGCUAUUGGUAAGUCAUUACCUAUAGGGGUGAUAUUUAACAAGACUGAUGGCAGCUAUUGGUAAGUCAUUUACUACAGGGGUGAUAUUUAACAAGACUGAUUGCAGCUAUUGGUAAGUCAUUAACUAAGGGGGUGAUAUUUUUUUUAAAAUGUAACAUUUAUUCUAGCAAAAAGGAAUGAAAAUAGAAGACUUGUUUUUAUCUUACUUUGUUUGGUGUUCAAUAUUAUUGAUAAAUGUAACAUGGAUGAUGAAAAUGUUUAGUCAGCAAAAGCUCUAUCCUUCAUUUUUAAAAUCUGUGGUCUAAACCUGUUGAACAUUCAGAACUUACAUUUGUUGAUGCUAAUUACACUAUCAACAUUUUUUUUAAACCUACAGCAAUUGUACUGAAGAUGGCGUUCUUUGUAAAGUAGUAGAUGGAUGUGAGUAAAAUAAUCAUCAUCAUUAUUUCAUCAUAAUUAAUACAUCAGUUGAAGUUAUUCAUUUUUUUAGUUUUAGUAUUUUAACAAUUUGUUGAAUGCAUUAAAGCAUAUACCGAUGCAUAUUGGUUAUUUAUUCUUGUCAUAUAUUUUAGUAUGGAAUAGACCACUGAAUAUCCUAAGUGUUUUAUAUGUAAGGUUGUGAGACUUCAGAAUGGUCAAGUUGGUCAAACUGCUCAGAGCCAUGUGGGGAAGGCAUCAGGAGUAGAUCUAGGUAAGGAGAAAUAAUGUUGAAACACCUAAAGCAAAGGCCCAAUACUAUCAAGUUUGUAAUGAUUUUUAAUAUUUAUUUCAAAAAAAAAGAAAUUAACUUUUAGGUUCAAAAGAAAUUGAAAUUGUAAGUAUGUUUUCAAUAGGUUCAGUUGUUAAAACAAUAUUUGCCAAGAUAUAUAUUUUUAGGAUAAUUGGCUCCAAAGCAUUUAAAUUUAACAGAGUUUUUGUGUGUGUAUCAAAAGAUUUGUUAACAUCAUGCAGAAGCAAGUGUUGAUUUCUAAAUGACUGAAUUGUUCAAAUAUUACUUGAUAUAAUUUGGCCGAAUGUUUUUCAGAAACGUUGGUCUGGGCUGCUCUGAGGAGGAAAGCAGUUUUGAAACUCAAAUCUGCAAGUUAGGUGACUGCCCGUGUGUGUAUGAUGGGAAGGUGUGGGAGUCAGGUGAAAAGAUUGUGGACAAUCAGUGCCGUCAAUGGUAAGGAAAAAACUAAUCCAUUUGAAAAGCUUCAUUACUUUAAUUGUAUUAGUAUGUGUAUGUUAGAAAUAGACUAACAUUUCUUCAAUGAAUUCAACGUUAAUAAAAAUGUGACGAUAUUGCUUUCUCUAUCAUUUAAGAAACACCAAACCCCGAAUUAGAACAUAGAAUAUUUGAUUACUUUGUUGUGAAAAUAGGUUGAAAUACUUACACUAGUCAAGUAUGAGAUUGUUAGUAUGCUGCCAUGGUGUUUGUUACCUUUCCAAAGCUUAUGUUGAACAAUCAAGUGUUAGUUAUAUGCUGUGAUGUGAACAGCUGUUGUUAAAGAAUAGGUAUUACAAAUUUUAAUUUUACUGAUAGAGCUUAAGUAUGUUGAAUUACCAAGACUCUAAAAAAAAAACUAUCAGUUUGGAUCACAUGCUCUUGUGGUAAGGUUGGUAAGUCUCUGUUGACAACAUCCAACAAGUAUCCAACAAUGAGAGAAAAAAAUGGUGCACAUUUUUAUUUUUAAAAUACUGGUAUACUUAUUUUUUUGUACAGGUCAUUACAGUUAUAAACAGUGUUAAACAGAGAUUUAAGGGGUGGAUUAAAUACACUUUAAUUUAACCCUCUUUAAGCAAAAGUGUUUUUCUUGCUCAGUAGCAUUAACUUUCUCAUGGUUAAAACAAAUCCAUGGAAGAUGGAACUAUAAAAAGUGAUAGACUCAUAUUUGGACAUGGGUAAAAAAAAUUAUGUCCGGUCCCAAGAUUAAUAUAACACAAUAACUCAAUAACUUUGUGGUUGUAAAUUAAUUUUUUAGUAAUUAAAUAGGUAAUUUUUAACCCAUAAUUUAACUUUAAAGCUUAAUUUUUUUCCCUCUUUAUUACUAAAAUAAUUGUUUAAAAAAGAAAAUACAAGCAAAAAGUAUAUUUAAUGAUUUUCAAACUUAAAGGAUAGUUAUACAAAGGCUGCAGAGUCAGCAUUUUCAGGUUUUGUGCUUUUUUUUUAAAACUAUCACGUUGAACUUGAAGAGCCCGUUUAUUUUUGGGGAUUGUUUUGAUUUUCCAAGUGCACUGAGAUUACUGAUAAAGAUAAUGAUACCUCAAUUUCUGCUUUCGACAGUCUAAUUUGAUGCUCUCAAUGAUAUUGUUGGAGUUGGUUGCAGGGUGAGGCAAAAAUGUCAGUCUGCAGAUCAACACACUAUCACUCUUUAAAUACUAUCAAACUUUUUUGAUUUAACAAAUAAAUAUUUAAUAUGAAAUAUUUUUUGUUCUAAACCAGUUAUUGUCUUAAUGGAGAGAUGCAAUGCACCCAAACAGACAUUGGUACGUAUAUUUUACUAUAGAAUAAAUAGUUAAAUUUAAAUGCUCUUCUUAUUUUCACAAGCAGAAUGCCCAGAGAACAUUUUGAUCUUUCUAAUUAUUUUGAAUCCCAAGUUAACCUUUUCUGAAAUGUGAUAUUCAAUGUUUAAAGCAAAGAACAAAUAAAUGUACUGACAAGCUCAACAUAGAACCAUGAUAAAAAUUAGGUCAAAACUUUAUCAUAUGAUUCUACAUGUUUUAAUAAGUAAUUGUAAGUUGUCGUCAAUGUUUAGACUCUUGUUGUUGGUUAAGGAAAGUAUCACUCUCUUGGGGAAGCAUCACUCUCUUUGGGAAGUAACACUUUCUUGGGGAAGUAACACUUUCUUGGAGAAGUAGCUCGCAGCAGUGAUAUAAAAACCUGCACGAACACAUCCAAGGCCUAAUUUAUUUUAGAGACGAUAAUUCUUUGUUAACUGACAUCUACAUUUUACAACAAUCAAUCACUUUGCAGAUUCCUAUAAAUCCAUUGCAUAAGGUGACACAGAUAUUUUACUUGAAAGCAAACCAAAAGUUUUAAAUAAUUAUUGCCCUUCUUGCUCUUAAACAUUUACUCCUAUCUGCUCUAAGGUUCAGCUUCUUCUCUAACAUUAAUUUCUACUACAGAAAAUUCACCAAGAAACUAUCGAAAAGUAUUGGGCUUAAUUCUCAUCCUCAAAAAAAAAAGUUUUUUUUUCUUACUUAAUAAGAAAUAAGAGUGUUAAGAUUUUCAAGUUAAAAUACUUUGCACAUGUGAAAAAAAUAUUAUAAAAAGUUGUGCCCUGAAAAAAAGCUACAUUUUUGUUAAAGUUUCCAUUUUCUGUUCUCAAUAUUGUUUUCUUCUUAUAGGUAACAAAACGUGGACCAGUGAUGUUUGCACUGAAUUAUGUUAUUGCAAUCACACCACUGGAAAUGAAGAGUGUAAAACAAUUAAUGACAAGUGUGCCGAAAUAAAGGAAAACUGCAAUAACGUAAGCAAAAUUCCUUGAGAAACUUGUAGGCAUCAAAGUUUUGAUCACCUUUAUUGACCUGAACGGCACACAUCAUAAAAUGUCUUUCACUCACAAUAUGUCUUGCUUUUCUUUACCACAAACCUUGUCUUCUUCUUCCUUUCAGGACACCCAUAAACUUAAAGAAACACUUUGUAAAAUGUAAACAACCUCAUAAUGGUUUUUGUAAUAGUUCUUAUUAUGUCCUUCCCCAAUUCUUUGUUAACAGGACACGCAUACUCUUAGAGAGACUGAUGACCCAUGCUGCCCUGAAUGUGUACCGAUUAUGAAACCAUGCGCUUAUGCUAAACAGGACUCCAUUGAACUCAAGGUCAAUGUAACUGGACAUGGCUUGUGUGUCUCAGACACUCAGGAAGUUGGAGUAAGUGGCUAAAACAAUUAGAUCGCUGAAAGCGCUUUUAAGAUGAAAUAAUUCCAUUUGAAAAAUGUUUCAUUAAUUUGUUGUUGAGCAAUAGUCAGAAACAUAAACAGGUCUAAUUUAGUGUACAUUUUAAAGAAAGAAAAAAAAAGGCCCAAGCUCUGUAACUAGAGACAGUCACUAUCCCAUCCUUGGUACAACACAGGCAUUGAAUAGUUUUGGAGCUCUCAAACUGCCAAGACAAUAACAUGCAGCAUGAGUUUUUCUUUACUGUCGGAUCAAUGUGACAACAUGUAGUUCAUUAGGCCACUUGAAAUGAAUGGGAUUGCUGGAUGGUGGAAUCAGUAGUCAGGGCCAGACAUGACCGCACAUAGCCAGACAUGACCGCACAUAGCCAGACAUGACCCCACAUGGCCAGACAUGACCAGAUAUGACCACACAUGGAGAGACAUGACCACAUAUGACCAUAGAGUACCACUCGGGCAGACAGGACCCCACAGAGGUUCACAGGGGCCCAAAAAAUCUAGAAAUGGCCUAAGAUGUCCACAUGGCAAGACAUGACCAAAAAUGGCCAGAGAGGACCUCGCUGGCCAGACCAAUCUAGAAAUUGCCAGUGUGAUCCAUGCAGGACCAACAGUCCACAACACAGAAGUAUCAGAAGCCACAGCCUCUUUUCAACUCUAGGCAAGUCAGACUGUUUAAUGAGCAACUUGUAAGCAAGUAAGCAAGACCACAGGAACAAAUCCUACAAUAGCCUAGUAAAAAAAAAUUCUAUUCAAUCAAGUAAAUUGUUUUACAUCAACUUCUCGCAACGCUUUUAGCUCCACCUGUAACCAAAACUUUUACACCAUGGGUCCAAAGAAUGGAUUUGGAAAAGGGAAGAGGGUAUCACUUAUAUCAUGGCGGCAUUGGUAGUGUUACAAUGGUAGCGCAUCUGCCUCACAUUCAAAAGGUGCUGUGUUCAAAUUUGUUGUUGGUCGUUUCAAGCUAUGGGCUAACAGCUGUAUGGAAUUAAUUAAUCAGCUGAGCUAUCCUUGUGGAGUGCCAAAACUGAAAUUAAAGAACUAAAUCUCUUAUCACAGAGGAAAAUUAUGUUUUUUUUAGUGAAGAGCCAUUUUAUAAAAUCUUAAUGCUAAUCUAUAUUCAGGAAGCCACAGACAGGGGUGGGCAGGGAGAACAAAAUGCACAUAAAAUCUGGAGUAACAUUUUACAGGGGAUACUUAGAAUUUUUAAUAAUGAAAACUGGCAUUUAUUCAUUCAAAGAGCUGCAUGCUCUAUCACAUCCACACACACACACAAAAUAAAGGUAGGUUUCCAACAAAAAUAAAUUGUGUAUAUAUACCUAAAGAUGACAUUAUCAAAGGUACUAGAUCAAAGUCAAACCAAACAAUAGAAUGGGGACAUGAGGUCAUUUAUUCAACACCGCCAUUUUAUUUCCUCCAGGCAUGCUCCGGAACAUGUGGACAGAGCACAGACAAGGUGAACAAGAUUGAAUUACAGUCAGGCAUAUUUGAACUCUUCACCUCUCGGAACUGUGCAUGCUGCAAAGCUAGUGUUAGCAGCCGGUCGGUUGAUUUCCAAUGUUCUGAUGGAACGAAGGUUCAAUAUCUUGUAAACUACAUAUCUCACUGCAGCUG